AUGGCACUGCUUCCUUCAAAGGGAGUGGUGAUAUCCAUUCCGACUCUCGUCCUCACCGUCUCGGCUGCCGCAAUCCUCCUAUUCUUCCUUGUAACCUCCCUCUCAUCAUCUCCUUCAACUUGCACCUGCCCAGUCUCCCCCUAUGCAGCCAGCAGCUACAGCCUCAAAACCACGGCCCAUAUCUCGCCCUCACCUGAUGACAUAAACUGGGUCAAGGCCCAAAUUGAGGCCAACGGGCUGCACAUGCACGAAAACAUCCUUCGAAAAGGCAUAAACCCACGAACCCGCCAGCAGCAGCUGCAAGACCUCCUCCAGUUCAAGGGCAUAUCUCACUACGAAGGCCCUGAGGCGAAUAACCACACUGCUCUCCCUUGCCCGGGUGAACUACUCGUUGAGGAACACCACAGCAAUUACGGAGAGCCAUGGGCAGGUGGCCGUGACGUAUUCGAGUUCUUAGCCGGUUCGGCUAACCUGACCCCCGACUCAAGAGUUCUCGAGAUUGGUUGUGGGACCCUCCGCGUGGGCCUUCAUUUCAUCCGAUUCUUGAAUCCCGAGCGGUACCACUGUUUGGAGAGGGAUGAACUUUCUCUAAUGGCUGCCUUAAGGUAUGAGCUUCCGUCUCAGGGUUUGCUUCAGAAGCGCCCGUUGAUCAUGAAGGGUGAGGAUAUGGAUUUCGGUAGGUUUGGAUCGGGUGUCAUGUACGAUUUGAUUUACGCGAGUGCUGUUUUUCUUCACAUGCCCGACACGCUUGUGUGGACGGGUAUGGAGAGAUUGGCGGGCAGGUUGAGACCUGUGGAUGGUCGGAUUUUCGUCUCGCACAACAUCAAGUUUUGUUCUCGUUUGGGAGGUGAGGAGUGCACGAGGAGGCUGAAUGGAUUGGGGCUUGAGUACCGGGGGAAGCACACGCACGACAGUUUGCUCUUCAACCAUUACGAGAUAUGGUUUGAGUUUAGGAGGUUCAGAGCUUAA